AUGGGUGCCGCUGACAGAGAUACCCUGCCCGAUGUGGCCAAACCGUCCCACUAUGACCUCUCCCUCUUCAACCUCAAGUUCGGCCCCUCUUGGGCCUACGAGGGACAAGUUAAGAUAGACAUCAAGGUCUCCCGCGAAACCAGUGAAUUCGUCCUCAAUGCCAAAGAGCUCACCGUCAACAAUGCUGAGAUCUCUUCUCCCGCUGGAAUCGUCCUCAAGGCGUCCAUCAUCUCAUACGACAAGGCCUCCCAACGUGUUACUCUUGAAUUCCCUUCAAAUAUCCCCCUUGGUACUUGCGUCCUCGCUGUCGAUUUCGCAGGAACCAUCAAUAAUCACAUGUCCGGCUUCUAUCGAUCCAAGUACAAGCCUCUCGAGACUCCCUCCCCCAGCACCCCGAAGGAUGCAGACCACCACUAUAUGUUGAGCACCCAAUUCGAAGCCUGUGAUGCUAGGCAGGCCUUUCCUUGCUUCGAUGAGCCAAACUUGAAGGCCACCUUCGACUUUGAGAUCGAGACUCCUAAGGAUCUGGUCGCCUUGAGCAACAUGCCCGUGAAAUCAACCCGCGACGGUUCCUCCGCGGAUUUGCACGUCGUCAAGUUUGAGCGCACCCCGAUCAUGAGCACCUACUUGCUCGCAUGGGCUGUGGGUGACUUUGAAUACGUCGAGGCGAAGACGGAACGCAAGUAUAACGGCGUCAACAUCCCAGUUCGCGUCUAUACCACACGAGGUUUGAAGGAACAAGCUCGAUUUGCGGCCGGAUACGCCCACCGAAUUAUUGACUACUUUUCGGAAAUCUUCCAGAUCGAUUACCCAUUGCCCAAGUCUGACUUGCUUGCUGUCCAUGAAUUUGCCAGUGGAGCUAUGGAGAACUGGGGUCUGGUGACUUACAGAACCACUGCUGUGCUCUUCGAAGAAGGCAAAUCGGACAAUAAAUACAGGAACCGGGUUGCUUAUGUUAUUGCCCACGAACUCGCUCAUCAAUGGUUUGGUAACCUUGUUACCAUGGACUGGUGGAAUGAGCUUUGGCUGAACGAAGGUUUCGCUACAUGGAUUGGCUGGCUGGCGAUUGAUCAUUUCCAUCCGGAACGAAAUAUUUGGUCCCAGUUUGUGGCUGAGGCACUCCAAUCAGCGUUCCAACUCGAUGCGCUCCGGGCGUCGCACCCAAUUGAAGUCCCCGUGAAGAAUGCUCUCGAAGUCGAUCAGAUAUUCGACCACAUCAGUUAUUUCAAAGGCAGCUCAGUCAUUCGAAUGCUGAGCAGCCACCUCGGGCAGGAGACAUUCCUACGCGGAGUGUCGGACUAUCUGAAAGCCCAUGCAUAUGGAAACGCCACCACCAACGACCUUUGGUCAGCUCUAAGCAAAGCUUCCAACCAGGACGUGACAAAGUUUAUGGACCCUUGGAUUCGCAAGAUUGGGUUUCCCUUGGUCACGAUAAAGGAGGAGUCUAAUCAACUCAGCAUUUCCCAGAAACGUUUCCUUGCAUCUGGCGAUGUGAAGGCCGAGGAAGACGAGACUGUUUGGUGGAUUCCUCUGGGUAUCAAGUCUGGAGAGACUAUCCAAGAGCAGAAAGGCCUCACAGCCAAGUCUGACGUUGUUCAAAACAUCGACAACAACUUCUACAAGAUCAACCUUGACCAAUGCGGCUUCUACCGAAUAAACUAUCCUCCAGGCAGACUUGCAAAGAUUACUCGAAUUCUAACACCAGGAAUUGCAGCCGUGUCUACAAGUGCACUAACAGUUCCUUUUGUUGAUAGUGUCUGGUCGCAGAUAGCCUCGUCUCUCGGCAACCUACGUUCAGUGUUCUCAACUAAUGAAGGCAUGGCUACCGCCUUAAAGAACUAUGUGAGGAAGCUCGUCACGCCCGCUGUGGAGAAAAUUGGGUGGGAAUUCAAACCCGAAGACGACUACCUCACCUUCCAGUUACGACAUUUGCUCAUUUCGAUGGCAGGAAAUUCCGGUCAUGAAGCAACCAUCGCGGAGGCUAGAAGACGCUUUGACCUCUGGGCGUCCGGAGAGGACAAGGCAGCCGUCCAUCCUUCCCUCCGGUCCGCUGUAUUCGGCAUAACCGUUGCUGAAGGCGGAAAGAAGGAGUACGACGCGGUGAUGGAAGAGUACCUCCGUACUGACUCCAUCGAUGGCAAAGAAAUCUGCCUUCUAUCUCUCGGCCGUACCAAGAACCCUGACCUGAUCAAAAGCUAUGGCAACUUCCUCUUCUCAUCGAACGUGGCCAUCCAAGACCUCCACACAGGCGCUAGUGCAAUGGCUGGAAACUCUCAAGCGCGUCUUGUGUUCUGGAACUUCAUCAAGGAGAACUGGCCGAUGAUUGAGCAACGGCUGACGAGUAAUAAAAUCGUUUUUGAUCGGUUUUUGAGGAUGAGCCUGGGGAAAUUUGCGGAACAUGAUGUGGGGAGGGACAUUGCGGAGUUCUUUGCAGGGAAGGAUCAAGAUGGGAUUGACCGGGGCCUUGUCAUUGUUGCGGAUACAGUGAGGACGAAUGCGAAUUAUAAGCAGAGGGAGGAAGCAAUUGUUGCGGGGUGGUUGAAGGAGAACGGGUAUGCUUGA